AUGGCUAUUGCUAUUAAAUUUGUAUUAUUCGCUGCUACACUUGCGAUUGCUAAUGCAGGAUUUCUACCCAGUGAUGUAAUACAAUAUUCAUCAGCUCCUGACGUAAGCACCUCUUACUUUAAUCAAGCACUCCCAGCUCAAGUGGCAAUAGCUCAUCCACAACCAGCGUCAAUUGCUUAUCAAGCUCCAGUUACUGCACAAUUGUCGACAGGAUAUUUACCAAAUAUUAGACAAUCAGUCCCUAUUUCAACUCAGCUAUCUUUAGGAUACCUUCCAACCCAAGGACAAUCCCACCAAAGCGUUAUAAGAUCACCACUUGGAGGCUCAAUAUCGCAAUAUUCUAAAUCUUUGGAUAGCGCAUAUUCCAGUGUUCGCAAAUUUGAUACAAGAAUCACAAAUGAUUUGCAUUUACAUCCAGUUUCUUCAAUUGUGCAAAGAUAUGCCCAGGCUCAACCCAUUGGAUCUUCUCCACUAAUCCAACUAUAUAAUCAGCCAAUAGUAUCCGCAAUCCAAACCGCUCCAAUAGUUCAGCGUUUAGCUCACCCAGUGGCUCAUGGGUCUUUAGUUAGUGGUCCCAUUGUUCAACGUUAUGCCCAACCAUUUGCUCAAACUUUAAGCCAUGGUCCCAGUUUACAGACACCAGUGGCAACUUUGGUUCGUGGUUCAGGCCCAGUUGUGUCCCAUGUUAGAUACACUUCCCCCAUUACAUCAUACGCAUGGUAA